UGCUAAUGGAUCGCGUCAACAGGAACCUCCACGUUCGGAAACAACGUUUCCCCGCCAUCAGCAAACUGUUGAGGAAGGCCUCCGGAGGCGCGUCAAGCAUUUGCACAGCACCUCAGAACAAAGGGAUGGACGAUCAUCGAAUGCUCGACCGAUACUGAUUUAAAGAUAGCCUACGGCUGCGAACCCUAUGAUGUGGUCAUAUCCGGCGACAGCGACAUGCUUAUUUACAAGAACGUCCGGACAAUUUGGCGACCAAUUUCAAGACGUCGGUUUCUGGUUUAUGAUAUUCCAGAAGUCCUUGCCGCCUUGGGCAUCAUCAGAGACCAGUUGACAGUGCUUGAUCUGGUGUCGCACAACGAUUACAAUCGCAACAUCUAUGGUCUAGGGCGCGCAACCGACUUUAGUAUCAUCAAAGAGCUGGAUGGUGGUGAUACCAUGUCAAUGACAACGAAAUACUUGGCCGAUACCCGCGUCGUUCUCAAGAACACAGAGAGCCAGCUCAACGCAGGGGGAACGGAAGGGGCGCGCGGAAAAAUGUCCAGUUUCUUUGUGUGCUCGCCUUGCUCAAACGUUGUUGCCUUCUCGAUGACAUCAUUAGGGCCAGGUUUACAACUUUCGCGAUUGGUCGGUAGACACAUCCCGCUUUCUUGAAUCAGCUGUUCGCCAUUCAUCCUCAUGCCGCUUCUGAAGUCGUACUUGAAUCGAGAUCUGUCUUCCCGCGACAGAGCUGCGCUGAAUGACAUUAUUGCUCAAGGAAUAAAGACAGGUGCCAACAUUUUCAAGACCUUCCCUAUUGCUCACUCACGUAG